AUCCAUUCGUCUUGCUCUCUCACUGAAGACUGUCAACAACCAAAACUCCAAUAAAUACUGGCAAAAUAAAUGCCUGCCUGCCUCAAGCGCCAAAGUCCUUUUAACUUGCUAUUAACUCCAACAAAUUACAAUGUCCACUCACCUGCUUGGAAUCGCUUCUACUUCACUCACUCUCUCUACUUUCCACUUUUUCAGUUUUCUCUCUCUUUCUACAUUUGGUUUAGCUCUCUGCUACCUAACCCCAAAUCUAACCAUUUUUUUAUAUUACUUGCACAUUCAUAUAAUAUUAGUCCCUCAGCUUUUCUUUAAUAUUAUGCGUUUAGGGUUUGUAUAUGUCAAUUCAUUUUUGUCAGAAAUUCUUAACUCACGCUUUUAACGACUGAGAAAAAUGGAAUUGGAGCAAACCGCGUCGGACAAUCCACCCAUGACCUUCGAUGACGUUUCCAUGGAGCGCAGCAAAAGCUUCGUCAAAGCUUUGCAGGAGCUCAAAAACUUGCGGCCUCAACUUUAUUCUGCUGCAGAAUAUUGUGAGAAGUCCUAUCUUCACAGUGAGCAAAAACAGAUACGUCUGUUUUCUGCUCAUGCUCAAACUUUUCUUGUUGUCAUGGAAUAGGGUGUUGGACAACCUGAAAGAUUAUGCUGUACGAGCCCUUGUUAAUGCUGUUGAUCAUCUUGGCACUGUGGCUUACAAGUUAACUGACCUUCUUGAGCAACAUACUUUAGAUGUCUCAACCAUAGAGCUAAAGAUUUCUUGUCUAAAUCAGCAACUUCUUACAUGCCAAACAUAUACACAUAAGGAAGGCAUUAGACAGCAGCAGUUGUUGGCAUUCAUCCCGAGACAUCACAAACAUUACAUGUUACCAAAUUCUGUUAACAAGAAGGUACACUUUAGCCCUCACAUUCAGACUGAUGUGAGGCAAAAUCCAUUUCAGGCUAGAUCUUGUCUCCAGCCUUCAGGUUCCCCAGCAUCAAAAACUCUUUCCUGGCAAUUAGCCUCUGAGACCAAGUCUGCAUUGAAAGGGACUUCACAAACUUUGAUGAGUGCUGAAGACACAAAAAAUUCUGGAAAAUCUUUUGCAGUUUUCCAACUAUUGGAUAAAGAAGAGAGUACAUGGACAAGACCAUCAGUAGUUCCUGCUCAGCUAUCGACUGGAAGUCUUGCAUCUGGUGUAGUCAAGCAAACAUUUGGUGUCACACGCAGGGAACCAUUGGAGGGUUCUAAGCCUUUGACAGCAUUCUUGUCAUUUGACAACCCAAGGCGUGAGAUGGUACGUGCUCCUGCUCGCAGUAAAAGUGUGCUAUCAGCUUUUUUUGUUAAACAGAAAACACCAAAACAGAAGGCUGGCCCAGUCUCAUGAACGAUCAAGCCUCAACAGAGCAAAUUGUUUAUGCCACCCUUGCGCUUGCCGCAUUUACAUCCACUGCACUGGCAAUGCUCUCCCUUGCUUGUUGAUAAUGACCUCUUUUGUGGUCAGUGAAAAUUAAUUGCUCAUUCCAUCCUAAUUCUUACACUUGGUUCUAAUAAUGAGCAUAUUAUGCAUCAGAAUCUGGUAAUGACGAUAAUAAUGAUUGUCUUUACCCCUUGGUUUUGUUGAUAAUGCUAAUAAUUGUGGGUUAUUGUUGAUAAUGCUGAAUAAUGAUAAUAUUGAUGGUUCAAGGUACAUUAUUUCAGGUAGUUGAGACCAAUAACGCAAAAUUAUGUAUCACUAUUUGAGAUCAGAUUUAGCGUUUGUCCUGAUAUGUUCCACUCAGAGUUAUCUAAGCUUUUUGAAACCAUUGUAAUCUCUUAGCAAUUUCAUUAUAAUCUUUUGUCCAUA